CUCAAGUUCGUCCCUGAAACCAAAUCAAUUUUUCAGCAAUAAUUACGUAAAAUUACUAUCUUUAAAACUAAAACAUGUCCAGAAAUUAAAGUAUUUCGAAAGUGCUAAUAAAGAUUUACCUCCAAAAUGUGGCAGUUAAUGCAAUUGCACUCUUGUAGCUUAGUAAAACAGAGGUUGCUAACAGCGAAGAACAGUGGCUAUUUUAUAAAUGUCCUCAAAAGUAAACCGACAAACGUGCUAAAGCGUCAUAUUUCGAAUUUUAAAGUUUCAACAGAAAAGAGUGCAAAGUGCAGUGAAUUCUUAAUUUUUAGUCCAUGGAAGUUGUGUACCGGUAUAAGUUUAGGACUUGCAGCUCGUGUGUUGUUUAAAAAUGGGCCUGCAUUUUGUAAAUCUAGUCAAACUUCUCGGAUAGUCCAACGGAGGCCAAAUGUUAAUGAUGACAGUUCAAAGUUUGACUGGAAGAAGUUAUUUGAAUACCUGUGGCCUCAUAGAUGGGUAUUGGCUGCUGCUGUUGCUUCGGCAUUGGCUGUAGCCUUCCUGAACGUCUACAUUCCAGCGAUGUUAGGUGUUAUUGUCAACGUCCUAGCGAGCAUGAAGACCAAUCCAAGUGCAGAUUUUAUUGAAGAAAUAAAGAUGCCUGCGUUAAAACUUAUUUCAUUGUAUAUUGGACAGGCAGCAUUUACAUUCUUCUACAUCCAUUUACUGGCACAAGUGGGAGAGAAAGUUGCGUUGCAAAUGAAGCAAGACCUAUUUGAGUCUAUACUGAGACAGGACAUGGCCUUCUUUGAUAGUGAGAGAACUGGAGAACUAGUCAAUAGGCUGACUGUGGAUGUGCAAGACUUCAAAAGUUCCUUCAAACAAACCAUCUCAGGUGGUUUAAGAGCAAUCACACAGGUGAUCGGUUCAGCAGUAAGCCUGCUUGUGAUAUCGCCACAAUUGACCACGCUAACCUUGGUCUGUGUCCCAUCAGUGGUCAUCGGGGGAACAUUCAUCGGUUCCCUAUUGAGAAAGCUAUCGAGAGAGGCUCAGAGUCAGAUAGAAAAAGCAACUCUAGUAGCGGAAGAAGCGAUAUCGAACAUGCGGACCGUGCGAGCGUUCGCGGGCGAAGAGAACGAGGCGCGAAUGUUCGCUAACGAAUGCGAGCAGGCGGCGGAUCUUAGUAUGGAGCUUGGAUUGGGAGUGGGAUUGUUCCAGGCUGGAACUAACUUGUUUUUGAAUGGGAUGGUGCUAGGCACAAUGUUCCUCGGCGGCCAUCUGAUGUCUACCGGCCAGAUGUCGGCGGGUGACGUCAUGGCGUUCCUUGUCAAUGCUCAAACCGUACAACGAUCGGUCGCACAACUAUCGUUGUUGUUCGGAUCAGUCGUCAAAGGAGUUAGCGCCGGCGGUCGGGUGUUUGAGUACAUCAACAAAGAGCCAAAGAUGGACACUUCGGGCACAAAAGUUAUAAAGUACCACGAAAUUUACGGCGAUAUCGAGUUCAAAGACGUCACAUUCGCGUACCCUACUCGUCCUGAAGCGGUAGUACUGAAGCACUUCAACCUCAAAAUCCCAGCGGGUAAGACGGUUGCAAUCGUCGGUACAUCGGGCAACGGGAAAUCCACUAUAGCUGCAUUAUUAGAAAGAUUCUACGACGUAAACGACGGGCAAGUGACGAUAGAUGGCGUUGACGUGCGCGAGUUUGACUGCAAGUGGCUGCGAGGCCGAGCGCUGGGCCUCAUCAGCCAGGAGCCCGUGUUGUUCGCGACCAGUGUCAGGGAGAACAUCCGCUAUGGCAAGCCGGAGGCGAGCGACGCCGAGGUGAUCCAAGCGGCCAUGACGGCGAAUGCGCACGAGUUCAUCACCCAGUUCCCAGCUGGUUAUGAUACGUUGGUCGGCGAGCGGGGAACAGCGCUAAGCGGUGGACAGAAGCAACGAGUGGCUAUAGCAAGAGCUGUUCUUAAGAACCCGCCUAUUAUUAUACUGGACGAAGCUACCAGUGCCUUAGACUCUGCCAGCGAAAAGGUGGUACAGUCAGCAUUAGAAACGGCCGCUAAAGGGCGCACAGUGUUGGUGAUCGCUCAUCGUCUCUCAACUGUCAUGAAUGCGGACCUCAUUGUGGUCUUGAAUAAGGGGAAAAUUGUAGAGAUGGGCACCCACGAUCAGUUGAAGAAACAAAAAGGCUUCUACUGGAACCUCAUCAAGCAACAGGAUCAAGACUCGGACACUUCCAGAACGUUAUGAGAGUGAGGUAGCUUGAUAAAAUAAAUUGUUGACAAUAACUAAUUUGACAAAGUUAGAAAUAGUAAAUUAAAGCCAUCCGCUUACGAUAUAGAGUCGCAGAGUGAAACGUAUUGAUUUAUAACAAAAAAAAAACACUUUUUUGUUGGUAUCAUAUCGCUGAAAACUUUAUGGAAUUUUUUAACCGAUGAUGACGUCAUAUACACGUCAUGAUGACAUGACGUCUACGUGUAUGUUAAAUUGCAUUUUUGCAGAAAUGUAGAUAAAAGAUUAAACCGUCGAUAAAUUAAUAAUCUAAUAAUUAUAGAGUCUAAGAUUUUUAUAGCCUGGGAAAGUAGUUAAUAGUUAAUAGAGCCAUUAAACUAGUAAAAGAACAAAAAAAAAAUGCAGAAAUUCACUAAAUUGACUUCAGUAUAGAAUGAGAUAGGUACUUGCAUGAAAUAGGUUUUAAUAUCACAGAGAAAUAGUUAAAAAAAAUCUUACUCCAUUUUUUCAUAACAUUGUCACUGCCGUUAUGCGUUUUUAAGAAUAAUAAAGUAGAAUAAACAAGCAAAUGAUAGUGAGAUAUAUGCUUAAGUAACAAGAAAUAUAAUGUAACUAAUAUAAUAUAUUUUUACCAGUAAGCGUAAAUGAGAAAUUGAGAAGAAAGAAGAAGGUAAAUAGAAGAGGUAUUUAUCGUAUUUUUUUGUCGUAGAUAUCUUUAAAUUGGUGACAGAUGGGAUUCUGGUUGGUUUUGGUGUUGCAAGCGAUAUUUUAUUAAUAUCGUAAUCUCGUUUGAUAUUAUUGAUUUGCGAUUAUUUUAGACUUCUGGUCUGUGUACCACUGCCACAAUACUAGUAAAGGUGGAUCAACUAGAGUUGAGGCAAUAAACUCAAGCAAAGAUUUGGAUCUAUACAGGGUGUUAGGUAAAUGGGUAUAUGAGCCGACACUAGCCCAUGUUAACAUAUGCAUAUAAAUAGUAUGUUGAAGUCAGAAAAUUGAUAUCAUCAUUUUAAUUAUUUAAAUUUUCAUACAAAUCUGAUUUUAUAAAUUUUAUUUUGUAUGAACAUUUAAAAAAUUAAAAUGAUGAUAUCAAAUUUCUGACUUCACCAUACCAUUUUUAUGCAUAUGUUGACAUGGGCUAGUGUCGGCUCAUAUACCCAUUUACCUAACUCCCUGUAUACAAUAUCUGCGCUAACGCCUCAAUUUUCAUUGAGCGACCUAUAACAUGUUACUGUAGAGUCCAAUUAGUUAAAUGAUAAAUCCGUAGAAAUAAACAACAAAUAACUUUAAAUCUGCUAGAAGUCCUGCCAGAGUAGGUGUUUUUAUAUUUAUUUAGUAUCUUUGCCGAGUUUAGCACAAGAUAGACCCUAAAAUGACAAAAUAAAAUAUAAGUUUAUGUGAAAAUUUCAGCGAAUUUUAGUUACCAAAAAUCCUGUCUAUUUUUUUACCUUCAUAGAUAUGUACCUAUGUUUUGUGAUUGUCUUUAUUCUGUGGCAUUUUGUGCACUCAAGUACAUUUUGUAUGUAAAUAAUCGAUUUAUACGAUUUUCUUUACUUAUAUUUAUUUAUUUAUUGCGAUUGUAUGGUCGUGUGUUGAGAAUAAAAUUGUUAUUAUUAUA